UUUUAACCGUCUGCCGCCGCCUCGCUGCACUUUGUGUGAGGAAAAACGUGAAACCGCUGUAAUUUUGUCUUCCAACAGAGUAAACCACCGCAUAAAAAACAUGGAUUUGGACUCCAUGAAGUAUGCAGAUUUGCGAAGCCUUGCUAAGGAGCUUGGGCUUAAAGCAAACAUGAAGGCAGAUAAACUCCUGAAGGCGAUUAAACAGCAUUAUGAGCAAGAGAGGCAGCAGCAACCAGAGGACGGCAAGGAGCCAGAGGGAGGUGCUCCUGACGCCCAAGAAAACAAAAAUGGAGCACCAGAGGAGGAGGAUGCAGCUUGUGAUGAACGAGUUCCCACCAAACUGUUUGUGACUAAACGUCGUGGGAAAGGAGCAAAAGCCAAGAGGAAGAUCUCUGACACUGAUGGAGUAGCCGAGUGUGAUCCCAACUUGACAUUUACUGUAGCAGAGAAGGAUGAUGAAGUUGCUGAGUCUGGAAGCACCAAGAGAAGACGGGUGUCCUCGAGCAGGCAGGCUGGGACAAACAUCCAGCCUAAUGAUGCCCAGCCAAACACUGAGCAACCGCCUGAGGUCAAAGAUGAAGCACACAUGCCUGGUAAUGGAGAAAAUGAACCCAAAGCGGCAAGGGCAGGUAAAAUCCCCCGCCAUGAAGGGCUUCUGAGGAAGAGCAAGCCACUGUUGAAGCCAAAUACUCCCAACUUCAAAAAGCUCCAUGAGGCUCACUUUAACAAAAUGGAAUCCAUCGACAACUACAUGCAGAGGAAGAACAAGCAGAUGGAGGCUUACAGAAAUUCAGUUAAAGAACUGAAGAAGCUUUCAGAGAAAACCAUCUCACAGAAAACUGGUGGCAAAAUCCAAACAGCGAAAUCCACUCGAUCCUCCAUGUUCAGCCCUGUGGUGCCGAACAAGAGGCCAGAUGAGAACAAGCGCAGAGCAUCUGCCCUCUCGGCCAGUAAGCCUCCGCCAAACAAACCUGCUCAGAAGGAGGACGCUCCUUUCAGACCGUCUGUCCUUUCCACCCGCAGGAUCAAUGUUCGGUUCUCACAGGCCACCCAGGAUAAUGAGCAUAAGGGGUCCUUGUUGAAGACACCAGCACGAAUGUCACCCUAUGUGACCUCAAGCACCCCAGGAAAGCUGACCAGUGAUGGAGAGAAGCCCAACAAUAUCAAGAGCUCAGCUCUCUCUGCCACAAAGACGCCAGGAGCAUUUGUUUUCACCGCCAACACAAGCAUCUCAAACACACCUGGUACAAAGAAGCCAGUGUUUGAUCUGAAGGCGAGUCUGUCUCGUCCCCUCGGCUACAAGCCCCACAAAGGAAAACUGAAGCCAUUUGCAGACGUCAAAGAAAACACUGCUGCAAACAAGUCUCUCAUCUCCCACUCGCAUCAGAAAAAUUACAAAAAACACCAAGUCCAAACAAGGGAGGACAGGAGAGCAAAACACAAGGACGACAGGAAGCAGAAGAAGGAGAGUAUGCUCGGGGCCAGGAGGGGCCUUGUCUUGAUGUAAAUAUCUCGCGCUUGUUAUUAGACGUCUGUACAGCCUGUCUUUCCACUGUAAAUAUUCUGUCUGAUUGUAAUUAGCAGUCAAGUCUCCUUUUUAAGAGACUGGACUGGCUUACCCUUAUUGCUUUGUUUCUAGCCUUUUUGGUGGUUUAGAGUUUAGUUUUAACUGAAGGAUUUUGACUUUGAAUGAUGCAUUUUAUGGAUUUUACCGUUUAGAGUGUCCAUGUCCUGUUGCUGCAUUUGAAACUUUUGUAUUGUAAUAUUCUUCUUAAAAAAAAAAAAAAACCUGCUUUGUUACUUUUUUGUUCAACAUGAAUAUAAAGUCAUUGUUUCAAAACCU